UGAUCGCAUCGUCGCUCGUGUGGUGUGCCCGCGCGCGCACAGGCAUGGAGGCGUCCUGAUUACCCCCCCGAUGACAGACACGAAGCACGGAGCACGGAGCGACGACGACGCCGAGAAGGCACCGCACAAAAGCACACCGUCAACGGCACCGUUAGUGAACUUUGGAACUUCGCACUUUGAUCUCUCCCAGGGCGCGUCCGACACCUGGCACGCGCGCACGGCUCUCCUCACCGCACGCUCUCGCACACUUCCUCUCGUCAAGGAAUGCCGAAUUGAGGUGGAGGAAACCAAACAUUUAUGUUUUCCAUAAAGCAUACGGUCUAGUGUUACUCGCUUAUUAGCACCAUGGGAGUGCCCUCCGUGAAGGAAUGGCUGGUGGUACAUCUUAUGUUUGCCAUCACAUUUUUUACGUCCGGGUUGAUAAUAAAUUUCUUCCAAUGCAUUUUAUACCUUGGACUGAGGCCCUUCUCCAAGUACCUCUACCGCAAGAUAAACUAUUACCUCUGCUACUCCUUCUACUGUCAAUUAGUAUUCAUGGCAGAAUGGUGGGCAGGAUCAGACCUGAUAUUGUACAUAGAUAAGAAGGACUUUGAUAAAUAUUUCGGUAAUGAGCACGGCUACCUCUUGAUGAAUCACAGUUAUGAGACCGAUUGGCUAAUAGGUUGGCUGCUGUGCGAUCGCGUGAGAUUGCUAGGCAAUUGCAAAGCUUACGCUAAGAAGUCGAUACAGUAUAUUCCUACGCUGGGAUGGGCGUGGAAAUUCGCUGAGAGUAUCUUCCUCGAGAGAAGUUGGGAAAAGGACAAGGAGAACAUCAAGACUCAAAUCAAGGAGCUCGUAGAGUAUCCCGAUACAAUGUGGUUGCUGCUCUAUCCUGAGGGUACGCGCUUCACGCCAAAAAAGCUGGAAGCCAGUCAGAAGUUCGCGAUCGAAAAAGGUCUGCCAGUAUUAAAAUAUCAUUUAACGCCACGCACAAAGGGCUUCACCGCCAGCAUUCCGCACAUGAGGGGCAAGGCGACGGUCAUCUACGAUAUUCAGAUAGCGUUCAAGCCGUCUGAUCCCGUAAAGCCGACCAUGAGGAAUCUCCUCUUGGGGAAACGGUUAGAAGGACAUAUGUAUGCUAAAAGAAUUCCCAUCGAGGAGGUGCCGGAGGGAGACGAAGCUGCUGCUGAAUGGCUACACAAGCUCUAUCAGCAAAAGGACCGUAUGGCGGAGAGCUUCUACGAAACCGGCGAUUUUUUUGCCACGAGUGGCGUGCCUAGGACAGGCUCCUUCAGGCUAAAGAGAAGAUACUGUUCCCUUGUUAACACCAUUUGCUGGGCGAUAGUUGUCCUUGUACCAAUGCUAUAUUAUCUCCUAAGGCUCCUUCUGUCCGGCUCGAUCUUUGGCAUUACCGUCGGGGUCGGGGUUAUCUUUGUAUUUUACGUGCUAAUGUACAAAACCCUCGGAAUGUCGGAGAUAAGCAAGGGUUCGUCGUAUGGUGCGGCGGACACGAAAAAGGACAAAUAACUUCAAAGCAAUUGCUUUACGAGAGAUAAUUCCCGUAAAACAAAAAAAAACAAGUGUCAAAGUGACGGGUUAUCGAAGCAGAUUUACUGUAAAAUUUUUUAGGCGAGAAGAGAACGAGGAGGAAGAAGGCAGAUACGUAUACAUUUGAUUUAUACUUUUGUGUAAUCCAUUCAGUGCGCGUGAGCGCGCAGGCGACAGAUGCGUUUUCUGUAUGGAUUAGAUAUGUAACACAUAUACACACAAACUUACACGUACACAUAAGAAUAUAUAUACAUACUUGGUAUCAUAUUAUAUGACGUUUACAUCUUUUCUUGCGUUGACAUUUUUUUCUUAUAUAGCAAUUGUUAUUGUUAAAUAAACGGUUUAAUCCC